GUACUCUAUUGUGAAAUUUCAUAAUUCAUAAUGUGUUUGAUCAGGAUGUAGUUUAAUAGUUCAGUUUUUCUAGAAAUAGUGACUGGAUAAAAAUAGAUUCCAAGGUUAUGCAUUCUUCAGGGUCAUGAAACAAGGAUCUCUUGAUGGUUAAAAAUGGCAGCGUCAAGCCUCGUGGAAAAAAUUAAGGACAUAUUAGAAUGCAAACUUUGCUUUGAACGAUCAAAAAAUCCAAGAAGUUUUCCAUGUCAGCAUUCAUUUUGUCUCGACUGUAUUGACAAACUUGUGAAAAAACUGGCAAAGAACAAUCGAAUAAACUGCCCAUUGUGUCGAUAUGUUUGGAGAAUACCACCUAAUGGAAUCCAUGCAUUGCGUAGCAGUUUCCUAAUAAACUCAUUGAUGGAUGUACACACAGGGGACAUUGAUGAUGUUAAUUUGAAUUGUGGAACACAUCCAGAUCAACGACUUGGAUUAUACUGUGAAGAUGACCAUUCACUGAUUUGCCUCCAAUGUUACGCUUACAACCAUGCAGGACAUACAUUUACAGAAAUUGAUAAAGCUGCUUUUAAGUACAAGCAAGACAUUGACAGCCGUAUUAAAAGGUGGGAACAACUUAGUGCAAAACUAAAUGAUGCGCUUAAUGAUCUAAAGGCCAAAGAGGAUCAAUUCAGAAAUGACACCGAAGCUAUCAUAACACAUCUGAAUGAAAAGCGCCUUGAGACUGAAACACUUUUAAGGGAUAUUUUUAUGGGAUGGAUUCGCGGAAUAAGAGGUGCCCAAAAGAGUGAAAUUAGGAAGAAACAUGUGGAACGUGAUGAUCUUCAGCUUGCCAAGGUGGUAGCCGACAGCAUGGUGAUUCAAUUGAAAAACAUUACAAAUGAUGCUGACAUAGUGAAAAUGGGCCUAGAAUUGAAGAAAGAUGAGAGGCAAAUACCAUCCAUUGCACACCCUACUUCUUUUGGCCCAGUGCCAUUCCCAUCAACACCAGUCACCCUCACAAUUGAUCCAAAACAGGACAUAUCUACAGAGGAUAAAAUAAAGGAUAAUGAUGAAUCUAGUCCCGACAAAGAUUCAACUCUAUCUGAACAGCCACAGUCUUGUGUUGAAGAGCAGCCAACCGCUGUAAUUUGUACCACCUUUUCAGAACCGAUUCUUUUGAGAAGCAAACACCUGCCAUUACAGACACAGUACUCCAUGUUACACAAGUUCUUCAGAUUAUUCAAAUCUGAACAAAUCCUUGACUUGGCCAUAUUGAAAAAUGAAGACAUUAUUGCCAUCAGAGUAGACUGCGUGGAGAUUUACAGUUCAACGUUCAUGUUGAAAAAGAUGAUUGCAAUAUCAAAAUGGAGAGUGACUGAAAUUGCGAACGAUGAACUUGCUUUCACCGAUAACACCAACAUUGUUAGUAUAUAUACUACUGAUGGGAGACAUAAACAAGAUAUUGCAACACCAUUUGGUAUGUUACAUGGUAUUGCAGGGAGCAAAGAUGGUACCUUAGUGGCCAGUGCUUUUCAUACAGAUGCCAUACUUUACAUUGAUGUUAAUACAGGGGUAAUGAAAACAAAAACAAAGUUACUCAAGCAGGAGAGUGAUAAUCAAAUUGAACCGAUCAAUGAUCAUAUUACCAUGGAUAAUGAUGACAAUGUAAUUAUGUCCGACUGGGGAAACAACUGCAUCAAAGUUGUUGAUAUGGAAAACAACACAGUCAUGGAAUAUGAAGGCUCUGGAGAUGAACAACUUUCAAUGCCGAUGAGCGUCACAGCUGAUAAACAUGGAAAUGUUGCUAUAGCAGAUUACCAGAAUAACAGGGUCACCCUCGUUAACAAAAAAGGUGACUUCAUCAGGCAUCUACUAACAAAGGAUGAUGGACUUGACUACCCUUGUGCUACAGUAAUCAACCUUCAGGGACAUCUAUUGGUAGGAGACAAUACUGGGACAAUCUUCGAAGUCAAAUAUUUGGAAGGUGAUGAAGUAAUGGACACAAAUGCUUCAUAAUGUCUCAAAUAAGCCACUCAACAUCCGUAUAAUUAAAGAUUAGUUAACUCCACAGUAAACUUUAAGGCUUAAGACAGAAACAUUUCCAUUUAUUGUUUUUUGCACGAAUAAAAUUAAAUAAAACGUGAUGUAAAUCUCGUAGCUGGUACAUUACAUGCAAACAUUGACAUUGAAGAGUGUAAAAAGCUUGAGAUCACAUAGGUCACAUGACAACAUAACAAUAGAAAAAAAUAAACAUGUGCACGGAACCCUUUGCAAUUUGAAGCAGGAUCAUAAAAAAAUGCAACAAUUUGAUCUAAAUGUAACACUAUGGUCACGGUCAGGGACUUAAAGGUGCAAUAAUUAGUGCAGAGGGGUCAUUCAACGAUCAUGGACCAGUGUCAAAAUAUAUUUAAGUUUGGAUAUUUCAUCAAGACUAACAUCUAUUUUUAUUAUCUACAAAGAAACCCCCUAGAUAAACAUUAUUUUAGCUGUUAUUCCUCUUGAAACAUGGUGG